GUAACACUAGUUCGCUGGGCAACGGUAGGCAAGAUGAUUUAUAAACAAAAAUUGAGCUCAAAAAAUGCCAAUAAUUGUAUUGAAUUUUGAAAGAAAACUAUUCUGUAGUCUAGAUAAAUUGCACAGCAAGUAAAUAAAGGAUUCUUAUAAACUAAAACAAGAAAUCAAUAUGGCUUCAGUUAGCGUAAGGGAUCAGAAGAUUGAACAACAACGCCAAUUGUUAGAGCAGAAGAUGAAACAAAAACGGCAAAAUUCUGGUAUGGUCCAAGCUAAUGAUUUGAGAGUAGGUUCUGCUAAACGUCCUAUAUCUGGCAGUCGAUCUCGUGAACUUCAUGGCUACGAUGGUCCGAUGCAAUUUCUUAUGUCGCCAGUCAACCCUGAUCAAGUUAUUCCCCUCCAAACAAAUAGAAUAUCCACCUACGACGAACUAGGUAACCAAAUAGAAGUAUUAACAGUCGGGGAUGAUAUAGAAAACAGCGGUGAUGAGGAAGGAGAAAGUGUACCAGUGUGUAGUAUGGGUCGAGAUGCAAGUACCGAUGAUGUGUGUGCUGAUGCAGCUGUCGCUCCACUGCAAGGACGACCACGUAGAGAUGUUUCACCAAGUCAGACAGCAGAAAUAGAAGGCUCAGUGGAAGGUUCGGUAGAAAGUUUCGUAAUAACUCCAGCGAAACAUGGAACCUUGUACAAGUGUCGCAUCGCAAGGGACAGAAAGGGCAUGGACCGGGGAUUGUACCCAACUUACUUCUUACACCUCGAGAAGGAUUAUGGCAAGAAGGUGUUCUUAUUAGCCGGUCGAAAACGUAAAAAAUCAGCGACCUCCAACUAUCUAAUAUCAACGGAUCCAACUGAACUGACGCGCCAAGCGGACAGUUUCGCGGGUAAACUACGAUCAAAUCUACUCGGUACUGCGUUCACUGUCUACGACAAUGGUAAGGCGUGGAGGAAGAACCAUAGAGAUCCCCCAAGACACGAACUUGCUGCUGUUGUUUAUGAUACAAAUGUCCUAGGCUUCAAAGGUCCACGUAAGAUGACAGUUAUCCUACCCGGCAUGACACCUGACCGCCAAAGGGUCACAAUUGCACCUCAAGACGAUAGCGAAACCCUUCUUGAACGAUGGAAAAGUCAAAACUUCGAUGACAUUGUCGUUCUCCAUAACAAAACACCAGUUUGGAAUGACGAAACGCAGUCGUACGUAUUAAAUUUCCACGGACGUGUUACACAGGCAAGUGUUAAAAAUUUUCAAAUUGUUCACGACUCUGAGCCAGAUUAUGUGGUGAUGCAAUUUGGUAGAAUCGCAGAAGAUGUCUUUACAAUGGACUUUAGGUAUCCUCUAUGUGCAUUACAAGCGUUCGGUAUAGCUCUAAGUUCGUUUGAUAGUAAAUUGGCUUGUGAGUAAUUUGAUUUGUCAUGAGGUUAACAUAAUAUCCGUCAUUUGCUGUCUAACUUUCAAUGACAUUUCUUUUCAAUAAUUUUUAGUUUGACAAAUACAAUAAAAUUGUAUUUUAAUUAUUAAAAUAUGUUGUCUGAAA